UUCUGCAAAACAAACGUUUUUCAGAUGCCGCCUCAAAUCAACGUGAAAGUGAACUUGGUGAUCCAGAGGAUACUGUGACAGACUCCUUCUGUUUUACCGUCCAGUUCUUUCUUCAAGAAACUAGAGAACAGGGAAGAUCAACAAUGAAUGUGACUCCGUUUGUGGCCGCAUUCACUGGGUUAACUACAGAAAUUGAACAGGGAAGAUCAACAAUGAAUGUGAAUCCGUUUGUAACCGCAUUCACUGGGUUAACUACACAGAUUGGUUUAGAGUAUUAUGGAGAGGAUUCUUCCACCCCUACAGGUGAUUAUGAUGAUGCACCGAUAUGUGACAGGGGAGAAGUGAGGCGAUUUCGAAUGUACUAUGAGCCUGCCCUCUACUGGAUCAUCGUGAUUCUGGGAGCCAUUGGCAACUCCAUGGUGGUCUUGAUAUAUACACACUUCAAGAACCGUCUGAAGACUAUGACGGAUGUCUAUCUGCUGAACCUGGCCGUGGCUGAUAUCUUUUUUCUCUGCACUCUGCCAUUCUGGGCAGCCGAUUCCAUCAACGGCUGGACCUUUGGCUCUGCCCUCUGCAAAAUGAUGUCCGCCAUUUACAAAAUCAACUUCUUCAGCAGCGUUUUUCUUCUCACCUGCAUCAGUGUUGACCGCUACAUCGUAAUCGUCCAGACUACCAAGGCGCAGAACUCCAAGAAGAGUCGACUGCUGUACAGCAAGCUCAUCUGUGUUUUAGUCUGGAUCCUGGCGGUGAUAUUGGCGAUCCCGGAGUUCCUUUUCGCCCGCUCCAAAGCAGAUAUGGAGGGCAAUCAUUUUUGUACCAUGGUCUACUCUAACAAUGAGAACAACCAUAUCAAAAUUCUGGUGCUGGCUCUCCAGAUCUGCAUGGGCUUCUGCAUUCCCCUCAUGGUCAUGAUGUUCUGCUACACCGUUAUCGUCCGCACCCUGCUCAAAACCAGAAACUUCCAGAAGCACAAGGCCCUGCGCGUGAUUUUGGCAGUUGUGGCCGUGUUUAUCCUCUCUCAGCUCCCGUACAACAGCAUGUUAGUCUUAGAAGCCACUCAGGCAGCCAAUACCACCAUCACAAAAUGCGAAGAAUUGCAGCGAUUUGAUAUCACCACCCAAAUCAUGAAGAGUCUCGCCUACAUGCAUAGUUGCUUAAACCCGUUCCUGUACGCUUUCGUCGGGGUGCGUUUCCGAAAGGACAUCAUUCGUUUAUUCCAUUUCUAUGGUUGCAUGCCGUCUCAAAAGAAGUCCAAACUGCUGCCGGGAGGACCACAGCGUUCCUCUGUCAUGUCAGACACGGAGACCACCAAUGCUCUUUCAUUGUGAGCCAUAUCAGGACACUGUCAGUGAGGUUUGCUCAGCAUGAACUUUAUUUUCACUGCAGGUGCGCGGCAUCUGAAACAGAUGUUCUUGGUCGGCUUGCUUGCGAGAGAACAUUUUGCACGCUUGAAACGUGUUGUUUGGCAGGGGGUGUUGUUUGGCAAUGUUGAUGCCACGACUGCAGUCCUAAAUGUAAAACUGUGUUCUCUUUGUUUGAGUGGGCUGUCAAUGUGAAUGUCAAAUCCAGAUCAAGUAAUUGUGGACCGUGUAAAUGGUGUCGCCACAGGGAGAGUGCACAGUCACCAGUAGUUUCCAUCUCUUUCUCAGCAUUAAUGUUUUUCAGUUUAUCUACAUGUUGUAUACCAAGAUUUAUCAUGUAUAAGCACUGAAUUUGACAAAUAUUUUUAUGAAUGCUAUUUUGUGAUGACAUAUUUUGUCUUUUAUUGGCUGCAAAAGUAAAACUGUGAAUGUGUUUUUGUCUUAUUUGAGCCGGUUUUGUACAUAAACUGUUUUCUUUGUGUUUCUCAGUGUUCAUAGGUGUUUGCUGCUCAUUUUGUAUAACUUGUAUGACAAAUUUUAAUUAAACACAAAAUAACCUAA